AUGGGUGUGGUGACCGCCUGUGUCACUGAGGGAAGCCACGGGGGAGACAAUCCCUGCCCGAUCACUUUUGAGAACCCAUCCCCUGUGACGGAAGCAAGCCGAGUCACACUGACAUGCUCCACUCCCACCUCAUGCUCCUCUCAACCAGAAAUUUGGGAUUUUGAUUGGCGUCGGCCAAUCGCGUCCCAGGAGCAAAACAGGAAGACAACCACGGUCAGCUUUACCGUUUACCGGAACUAUGACAGCAAGAAGUUUUCAUGCCAAACGGAGAACAACUCGGACCACUACUUGAUUAAAAACAUCACUUUAGAUGUAGAAUAUGCCCCGAGAAGCACCAAAGCCAAGGUGUCAGAGUCCCAUGUCAAAGAAGGAGACCAGGUCACUCUCAGCUGCACCAGCGUCGGAAAACCCACUCCCACCUUUAUUUGGUCUAGAAAUCAACAAGCUCUGUCCACGGAACCCACCUUGGUCUUCAGUUCCAUCACAGGCGAAAAGAGUGGGACCUACACGUGCUGGGCGAGAAACGUGCACGGAACUGACUCUUCAAGCAUCGCCAUUGAUGUUCAAUAUGUCCCGACCGUUGAGAUCCGUCCGGCUCCGACUACAUUCAGGCAGGGAGAUAAAAUGGAGCUGACAUGUUUUGCGAAGAAAAGCAAUCCGUCCCCCACAAGCUACAGUUGGUUCAAAGACGGUAAACGGGUUUGGCAGGGGUCGACGUACGUGGGGGAGUCGGUGCAACCUGAGCAUGCAGGGUCGUAUGUGUGCGAGGCCCGAAACAACGUGGGGACGGGAGCGUCAGUGUCGCAUCAAUUUCAAGUUGAAUACCGUCCGAGGAAGACGACUGUUUUGAAUUCUGCUUCUACCCGUGUCAAAAUCGGCACGGACCUGACAUUGGAAUGCAAAACAGACGCGAACCCUGCGGCGACAACGUACUCCUGGUCGCUGCAGAAGAAAAGUCCACACGUGCCUUUGAUGCCCGCUGGAAACCUCCUGAAGCUGAGAAGUGUGCAGCGUCGUGAUGCGGCUUGUUACAUCUGCAAAGCCACCAACACCGUCGGCACCGGAGAGAACAGCGAACCUGUGUGCAUCCAAGUUCUAUACCCUCCAAGCAAACCCACGCUGUCCAUGGAUGCUGUAGUCCGUGAAGGACAACUGCUCUCAAUCAAUUGCUCCGUGGAAAGCUUCCCGUCAUCCGACUUGAAACUGUACAGAAGGCCUCAUCGGUCGCCUGUACACAGCACUCGAGAAAACAAGCUGUUCGUCCAAUUCAACGUGACGUCAUCCGACGCCGGUGACUACACGUGUGAGGCCAGAAACUCCGAAGGAACCUCGAGCACACGGCGACCUUUGGAUGUCGGAUAUGCUCCCAAAGAUGUGACAGUGAAAGCUCUACCGGACCGUACGGUCAAUGAAAACCUGACAUUGAAUCUACAGUGCAAAACCACGUCCCACCCGGCCGUCACCUCUGUGACCUGGUGGAGGGUGAUUGAUGGGAAGGUUGAAGCCUUGGCGAAGACGGAGACAUUCACCAUAAAGUCCGUCACGCCCUCUGACAGCGGACUGUACUACUGCUCGGCCACCAAUGACAUCGGGACGGGAAGUUCGCCUCAAGUUCAAAUCAUGGUCAAGUACGCUCCAAAGGACACACGGAUAACCCAAGCGGCGGAACAGCAGCUCUCAGACGGGAUGAGUUCUGUGACACUGAGCUGCAGCAGUCACAGUUUCCCACCAAUCAAACAAUAUUUCUGGUACAAAAAGACGGAGGGCAGCGACGGAGCCGACAAAGAAGUGUCCGACUCCCAGAACUUCACGGUCCUGUCGGACCAGCCGGGCAUCUACUACUGCGUGGCCCAAAACGACAUUGAUGAAAGGAAGUCGGAAGAUGUGAGGGUGUUUCUUGACAGGACCUUGAUGAGGGCCCUGAUUUUCCUUAUCCGUCUUCUUUGUUUCGUCUUGAUUCUGGUUUUCAUCUUCUUCAUCUUCAGACACAGGAGGCAGAAAGCCAUAGAACAGAACACUCCGCUCCAGAUGAGUGUCCUUGCCAACAGGAGGACUGACAGUCCAGUGUUUGCAGGGAGUCAUGUUGAGGUCCAGUCCUGUGCGUUGAGGACAAAUUCCAGACUCACAAGUGGAAACCCUUGCAAUUGUGCUGCGGGGCGACGUCAUCAUUGCAUUUUGGGUCGGAAUGCUUCUUUCCGCCAUCUUGUGCUUGUUGCCGAUGAUCUGCUGCAGGAAACUGACCCCGAGAGGGAUGAAGGAGAAGGCGGCGACGUCAACGGCGAGGACAAAGCUGACGUGGACUACACCGACAUCAACUUCUCUGCGCUGAGGAGAAACAACACCGGGGAGGCGGCGCCCAAGCACGAGGCUACGGAGUACGCGGAGAUCAAGAAAGCCGGCUGCAGAAAUGACGGCGAAUCCGAGCAGUUGAUGGAAUGUCAGGGAACGCGGGAGGGCGGACCUCAGUGCUCCGAGCUGAAAGAGGACGAGGAGGUCCUGUAUUCAAAUGUAGAGGAAACAAUGAUGUGCAACAACGUCAUCGAUGGUCAUGGAGAUAAUUGAACUCAAACUUUUUUUUUUUCCCUAAGCCAGGGGUGUCAAACUCAAAUACAGAGCGGGCCAAAAUUUAAAACCGAACAAAGCCACGGGCCAAGGUUGACCAAAUUAACAUUUUAAUAGGGACCCAAACAAGUUUUGCAUUGAAUAUUAAUGAGUGUACAAAGCAAACGUCCUGACUUCAAUUUGGCUCAGUGUGCCAAACACUGCAUUAACAGGAAACAGAUGCUUGAGCAACAACCAACUUAACAGGAGACCAAGGGAGAUUCCUAGACACCAGACACAUAGCAACUGACGUCAGUCAGUAGACUGACCAAUCAGAUAACUACUGGCACAGGGUAUAUAGAUGCUGUACAACAAACUCUCAGACAGAUCGCUUUGGGUUUUCCUGGUACUACUGUUCAAGUGUACUAAACGAUCGCCGCUCUCUGCAGACUGCGUUAAAUAAAAUACUUCUACUUGACUCAA